CGGCCAAUGGGAGCGCAGCAGGGCGGAGAGCAGCGGCACAUUGUACUACAGCGGAGAACUGCCGCCAACAGUAGACGCGGAUCCCGCUCUGUCUGUCGCUAUUCAGCAUAUUCUGGUUAAUGGAUUAUACAGUUUCUCUCCAAGUGCAACAUCAGCUGGCGGUGUUCCCAACACACGUCUGCCAGGGUUACAGUGUGGAGUUACAGAUGAAGUCAACAGAGGUGGACCAAGGGCUUUUCACAGACAGCUACUGCAAAGUGUGCAGCGCUCAGCUCAUCUCCGAAUCCCAGAGGGUUGCCCAUUAUGAGAGUCGGAAACACGCCAACAAAGUCCGGCUGUAUUACAUGCUACAUCCUGUGGAUGGAGGGUGCCCUGCCAAGAAGCUCAGAACAGACAAUGGCAGCGACAAGGGCGACGUGGACAAGAAUAAGUGCUGCACGCUGUGUAACAUGUCCUUCACCUCAGCAGUAGUGGCACAGUCACACUACCAGGGUAAAAUCCACGCCAAGAGGCUAAAACUGCUACUCGGGGAGCAGCCUGCCAUCACAACCAAAGAGGCAUCGCCCAGUCCAGUAAAGAGCUCCCCAGAAACAUCUCCAAUGACCUCCCCGCGACAGCGCCGUGACUCUGACCGCUACUGCCAGCUAUGCAACGCCUGGUUCAACAACCCAGGCAUGGCUCAGCAACAUUAUGAUGGCAAAAAGCACAAGAAGAAUGCUGCUAGAGCAGACCUUUUGGAGCAGCUGGGCAAGACCCUGGACAUGGGAGAGAUGAAAGGUCUUAAACGGAGCUAUACCUGUGAAGUCUGCAGCGUCACACUGAACUCAGUGGCACAGUAUCAUGCACAUCUGCAGGGCUCAAAGCACCAAAACAAUCUGAAGAAUCAAAUAUGUGUCCAGUGAGCGUGGGCCGAAGAUAAAAAAAAACAACUAUUGAUUGAUGUCAGACAAGCUGUGAUCAGCUUGCCCUGCUUUUUCUGCCUCUGCCCUGCUACUGCUCUCCUCCACAUCAUUUCAAUCUCUCUCUCACUCAGCCACCCAGCGAGGAGGAAAAGAAAGAAUUUUUUUUUGUAACUCUAGCACUGCAUCAACUCUCUCACCUGUCGGUAUACAGUACAGUUAAAACAGUUUCUCCAUGGUUGACCUUUGACAUUCUACUGCAGCUGUGUUUUUAUCCACUGACUCAGACGAGAGCAUUAAAGUGAUCUUUCUAAAAACGCACUGGAUGCUAGGUACUUGAGAAUAUAAGGGUUGUUUUUAACUCUUUUUGUUUGCUUUUACUUGAAUGAAACAGCAAAUUUAUUUGAAAUUAAAGGAAAAGAUAUACAUAAUUUAGCAUUGUGGGCUUUAUCUAUGACUCAAUCAUUCUCCCUCAGAUUCUGUAUGGUACAACUCUAAUGCUUUUAUUGCAUACAUGCUUGCAGUGGAGUUAAAUCCCCUUUCUGUCUUAAAGGGGUUGAUGGCAAUAAUGACACCGUUCAGACUCUUAAUAUAUGUUGUAAUGGUAUUAUCUUCUACAGGCUUGACUUCUGUCUAAUGACUUUGGUCGAAAUAAGAAACAGACGAUCAUUUUCAAAGGUUUUAAAGUAUAAUUCUGAUAAUUCCUUUGUAUAGAGCAAAAAUAACAGUAUCAAAUGUGUUUCCGUAGAUUUAGCCAACGUUCUUAUCAAUAACAAUAACAUUGCACCCACCAGGUUAUUGCUGAGAUACGGCAAGGCAAGAAACAUUCUAAAAUUUCUAUUGGGAUUUCUUUUCGGGAUGAAUAAAGUAUUUUAUCCAUCUAUCUAUCUAUCUAUCUAUCUAUCUAUCUAUGAGCAGUGCUCACCUCUGAUAUUAUACCUCCAAGUAAACUGGUUUAGAUACUUUGGCAAAACUGCUGGCUUGUCUAGAACCUGACAUAUUGUUUUGUUGUAGCAAAUGCACCAUUCUCCCAGAUCUCAGAAAUUACUUUGUUGGGGACAAUGUUACCAAACACAAAUUAUGCCUAAUGCUAAAAGAAAAUGAUACUUUUCCAAAAAUGGAUUCCUCCCAAUACAAACAGAUGUGAGAAGACCUGAUGUCUUCCACAAUUUUUGUUCUUUUUCUUUUGCUGUGUAACGCAGCAUACAGCAUACUGUAUGUGGUCCGCAUUCUAGGCUUAGAAAUAUUUCCUCUUUCAUUUCAGCAUGGUCUUCAUCUCAGGGAGGUGUAACUGGUUGCUUUAGUGAAAUUGAACACUGAUGUCGAGAAUCAAACAUUGACAUGUACUGAGUCCAUUCAACUACAGAGUUGUGUAGAAUGUGUUGGCAGAUAAGGUAAAAUGGACUGAAACUGUAAUGGUUUCACAAAAAGACAAUUGAUAUUGUGGAGUGUUUUAAAGAGUAAUAGUUCAAAAGAGUAAUAGAGUAUAUAUAAUAUAUACAGUAUAUAUAUUAUAUAUAUGCGUGUGUGUAUACACACACAAUAUAUAUCUUAUUUUAAACUCAUGUAGCAUUUGGUUUCUUACAUGUCAUGUUAAGAAAUUAAAGAUGUUGACUUUAAAGCCAGUGUUGUAUAAAUGACAACUAUGAGGAAAAUUAUAAAUGAAUAAUAAAUUACUGUUGUGGAUCAGAUUACUUUGUAAUUGCUGUCUGUUUACAGUAUAAGUGAUUUCUUCUACUGUUAUUAUUUCAGUGCUGUGUCAACUGCAGAACUGUGUGUUGUGAUCAAAAUUUAGCUUUGACUCAUGUUGUUCAAGGACUUUAUUUUGCAGAAACCUCGAAGUCUAUUACAGCAGAAAUCUCUUGAACACAAAGCGGGAGAUUUGUAGAGAAAGAUUUAAUAUAAUAAUUAUUAUUAACAAAAAAUUAUCACAAAACAUCAUGGACUGAGUACAAACUGUUGCUGGCUGAUGUCAAAGAUGCCGCCCUAUGCGAGAGACGCCACCACCGCCGACAUUAACAAUUAUUUAUAAAAUGUUUUUUCAAUUUUGCAAUUAAGAAGUGCACGUAUGAAUUUUUUUUAUGGCAAGUCAAAAAAACUCCACUGAAAUGCUUUGAUCAGCCUGAGUAAAAAUAUUUCUGUGCUAAGGUUGCUUUGGAUCAGUUGUUUUUUCCUUCAUCACAGGAUGUCCACCUCUUAUACACCCUCUAGUCCCCUUGUACUCUAUUGUGUCUGAAAAAAGAAUAAAAGACAUUUGCAACUACACCUA